CUCGUGGUGUUUCUGUGAGAUGCUUGGAAAGUACAGCAGAAAAACCUCCCUGUCUCUUCUGACAGCUGCUUGCUACGUGCACUGUAUGCAUAUGUGCGUGUGCGAGGCGGGCUUUCGCUCAUCCAGGGGCAGCAAACCAGAGGCAGACUGAACAGCGUGUGGACACUUCAUCACCGUGGCUGGAUGUUAGCACUCUCGCUUUCCUCCGUGGGACAAAGCUUGUCUGGCAUCAAUAUUGUGGAGCCAAGUAAUGACGAACUUCCUCCGUUGCCUAAGCCAAGGAUGUAUCAGCUGGACAUUGUGUUGAAGAAGGGCAAUAAUCUGGCCAUCAGGGACAGAGGAGGAACGAGUGAUCCCUAUGUGAAGUUUAAGAUCGCAGGAAAGGAGGUUUUUCGCAGCAAGACAAUCCACAAGAACCUGAACCCAGUAUGGGAGGAGAAAGUCAGUCUGCUGGUGGAGAGUUUAAGGGAGCCACUUUACGUGAAAGUCUUUGACUAUGACUUCGGGCUGCAGGAUGACUUUAUGGGAUCUGCAUAUCUCUAUUUAGAGUCCCUGGAACACCAAAGGACUCUGGAUGUAACCCUUGACCUCAAAGAUCCCCACUAUCCCAAACAGGACCUGGGUUCACUGGAGCUGGCGGUCACACUAAUUCCAAAAGAGGGGGAUUUCAGGGAAGCUACCAUGCUUAUGAGAAGGAGCUGGAAACGAUCCAGUAAGCAUCAGAGUCUGAGGUUAUCAGACGUUCACAGAAAAUCUCAGCUGUGGAGAGGCAUUGUUAGCAUCAGUCUCAUCGAGGCACAUGACCUCCAGCCAAUGGACAACAAUGGCCUUAGUGACCCUUAUGUCAAAUUCAGAAUGGGACAUCAAAAGUACAAAAGUAAGACGAUACCAAAAACACUAAACCCCCAGUGGAGAGAGCAGUUUGACUUCCAUCUCUAUGAUGAACAGGGUGGUUUUGUUGACAUCACUGUUUGGGACAAAGAUGCAGGGAAGAAGGAUGACUUCAUGGGCAGGUGCCAGGUGGACCUGUCUCUUCUGUCAAAGGAAUGCACACACAGACUGGACCUGCCGCUGGAGGAGGGCGAGGGCAUGCUGGUGCUUCUGGUCACCCUUACAGCCUCUGCUGCCGUCUCCAUUGCAGACCUGUCUGUCAACGUACUGGACGACCCACAUGAGAGGAAAGAGAUUCUCCACAGAUAUAAUGUGCUGAGAUCCUUUCACAACAUUAAAGAUGUGGGCAUGGUGCAGGUGAAGGUGAUCCGUGCCGAGGGGCUGAUGGCAGCUGAUGUUACAGGCAAGAGUGACCCUUUCUGUGUCGUGGAGCUCAGCAACGAUCGCUUACAGACACACACCGUGUACAAAAACCUCAACCCGGAGUGGAACAAAGUCUUCACGUUCAAUGUGAAAGACAUUCACUCAGUCUUAGAGGUGACUGUCUAUGAUGAGGACAGAGACCGAAGUGCCGACUUCUUGGGCAAAGUGGCUAUACCGUUGUUAAAUAUCCAAAAUGGAGAACGCAAAGCUUACGCCUUGAAAAGCAAGGAACUGACAGGGCCAACCAAAGGGGUCAUCUUUCUCGAAAUAGACGUGAUUUAUAACGUCGUAAAAGCUGGCAUGAGAACGCUGAUCCCCAUCGAGCAGAAAUACAUCGAAGAGGAGCCGCGAGUAUCUAAACAGCUGCUGCUGCAGAACUUCAACAGAGUGAGGCGCUGUAUCAUGUUCCUGAUCAAUGCUGGCUGCUACAUCAACAGCUGCUUUGAGUGGGAGUCUCCUCAGAGGAGCAUCUGUGCCUUUCUGCUUUUUGUUUUGGUGGUGUGGAAUUUUGAGCUGUAUAUGGUCCCGCUGGUUCUCCUGAUGCUGCUGGCCUGGAACUACAUUCUCAUUGCUUCAGGGAAGGACACAAGGCAGGGAGAUGUGCAAGCAGUGGAGGAUUUGCUGGAGGACGAGGAUGAAGACUUUGACAGAGAUGACAAGGUGCCUGGCUCAGUCCCCUCCCAGGAUGGCCGGCUGCCGGAAAGCCAUAUCCUUGCGGAUAUUUUGGCUUCCUGGCACUUUGAGUGGAUUCGUGUGAUGGUGGACUCCGAGAGAAAGGGUUUCAUGAACAAGCUGUAUGCCAUUCAGGAUGUGUGUAUCAGUGUGCAGAAUGCUCUGGAUGAAGUGGCCUCCUAUGGUGAGAGGAUAAAGAAUACCUUCAACUGGACCGUGCCUUUCCUCAGUUGGCUGGCGAUAGUGGCUCUAUGUGUGGUCACUCUAGUGCUGUACUUCAUUCCUCUCAGAUACAUCGUACUGGCCUGGGGGGUGAACAAGUUUACCAAAAAACUACGAGACCCGUACAGCAUCGACAACAAUGAGCUUUUGGACUUCUUGUCCCGAGUGCCCUCAGAUGUUCAAGUGAUGCAGUACCGAGAGCUGAAAGUGGACCCCUGUCACAGCCCAAACAAAAGAAAGAAAAAUAACCCAGGAUAGUUGUCCUCCUCUGACACUCUCCUAGGGCCAAGGAGAAGAAGAGGACUGACUCUUUCUGUCCUUCUCCCUCUCUCUUCUCCUCUCUCCAUGGCAGGAAGAGUUAAAAGGUUUGGUCAAAACGGGAAAAUGGGACCAUUGUUAAUUACCAUCCGUCCGUUUUUGGGUUUAUUUUUGUGCCGAGGAGAGCGGCAAAAGCUCUUGACCCCUUUUAGAGUCAAACAGUCUGGGUUAUUUGUCAGCCCUUGCCACUAGCCAGACAGCUCUAAAAGCCAAGGUGUCCUUCCAUGGCAGCAACAGGAGCCGCUCUUACCACAAAUAGCAGGAUCAGCUGAUAAUACGCCCACCUGUGCCGACACACCUCGCCUCUACAGAAAGCAAAACCACGCUGGUUAAGCUGCAGUUUGCACCCUAUAAUUUGCUCGGCGCAGUAACUGCCAUAUCUAAAGCUAUCCACGGCAGUUAUCAGAGUCGACAGCUGAGCCCUUUACGCUCCGAUUUAUGGCUGGAACUAAAGUGCUCGUAGAAAUGACUGUGCCGGCAAGGCUUGUGAUAUCUUUGCGUCGUUUUGUUGUUCUUUUAAUAGUAUGAAUGAUGCAUGCUGGGAUUGUUUCUUGUAGGCCUUCUCCAACCAAUAGUAGCCAUGGCAGAGUCAAUAUCAUUUAAGCGCAUCUCGUCAUUGCUUUUCUUACUAAGAGUUUUUAAUCUUGUUUGUAGUCCAAAUAUAAACAAAAAAAAUUAAAACAUGUCAAGUAAUCGGUUAUGUAAAAUAAUUUUAUUUCAAACCAAAAACACUAUUAUUUUACUUAUCUCAUUGGCAGAUUAUUCUUUGGGAUACACCGAUAUAGUAUUUUGUGACCGAUACGAUUACCUGGUUGAUUGCCGAUGUAAGUCAAUAAAUAAACAUAGUGUUGGGGAAAGUUACUUUUGAAAGUAGUGCAUUACAAUUACGUUUUUUUUUUUUCCAUAAGUAUAAAGACAUGCUCUAUAGGUGAAAUGGGUAAGCUAAAUUGUCUGUAGUGUAUGUCCUGGUCCUACAGGUUGGGGGUUGAGCUAAUGACACACCUCAUAAAAAUUCGAUGUUACAAAACAUCAACAUGGUGGGGCUAAUUAUUAACUUCCACAUAAACGGCCCGGGGAGUAAGUAAUAAGACAAAGUACAAAAGUAGCUAACACGUUGCAACAAAUGAUUUUUUUUAAUUGUCUAAAAUUUCAAUGAUUAAAUAUUUGAUUUGAUAUUUGGGCUACAGACUAGACAAAAACUUUAAGCAAGAAAAUAUAGUUUUUUGUCAUGCUUACAUCAUCCUUUGAGAUAUCAGCCUAAUUUUGUUAUCAAACUGAUAACGGUAAUAUUAAAACAGCAUUUAUCAGCCAAUAUAUUGUCCAUCUCUAUUUUUAUUUUUAUUUUUAAGAGAACAGUCACUUAAUUUUAACAUUAUUUCUGAAAAUAGAUCAAUAUAUAUAUUUUUACUUGGUUCAAUACUUUGUUUUGAUAUUUGGGCUACAAACAAGACAAAAACGUAAGAAAGUACGUUUUUUUUUUGCCUACAUCAUCCUUUAAGAUAUCAGCUUAAUUUUGUUAUCAGACUGAUAACGAUAACAUUAGAAACAUUUAUUGCCCGUUAAAUUGUCAAUAUCAAAUUAUUUUUGCUUGUUUUAAGGAAAACUCACUUUGUUUUUACAUUAUUUCUGAAAAAAAAAAUAAAAAAAUCAAUAUUUUGUGCUUACAUCAUCCUUCGAGAUAUCAGUCUAAUUUUGUUAUCGGACUGAUAACGAUAACAUUAAGAAUAGCAUUUAUCAGCCAAUAUCAAUAUAUAGCCACCAAUAUAUCGUCCAUCUCUAAUUAUUCUGCUUGUUUUAAAGAAAACUCACUUAAUUUUUUACAUUAUUUCUGAAAACAAAUCAAUAUUUUUGCUUAUGUCAUCCUUCAGGAUAUGUCUAAUUUUGUUAUCAGACUCAUAACGAUAACAUUAAAAGCAGCAUUUAUUAGCUGAUAUUGAUAUAUAGUCAACAAUAUAUCAUCCAUAUCUAAUUAUUUUGCUUGUUUUAAGGAAAACUCACUUAAUUUUUACAUUAUUUCUGAAAAACAAAUCAAUGUUUUGUGCUUACGUUAUUCUUCCAGAUAUCAGUUUAAUUUUGUUAUAAGACUGAUAAUUAUAACAAUAAUAACAGCAUUUUCGGCCAAUAUCGCUAUAUAGGCACUAAUAUAUCGUCCAUCUCUAUUUAUUUUGCUUGUUUUAAAGAAAACUCACUUAAUUUUUACAUUAUUUCUGAAAACAAAUCAACAUUUUGUGCUUACGUCAUACUUCAAGAUAUCAGUCUAAUUUUGUUGUCGGACUGAUAGGGCUAACAUUAAAAACAGCAUUUAUUGGCCGAUAUCGAUAUAUAGCAACCAAUAUAUCGCCCAUCUCUAAUUAUUUUGCACGUUUUAAGGAAAACUCACUUCAUUUUUAAAUUUUUUCUGAAAACAAAUCAAUAUUUUGUGCUUACGUCAUCCUUCGAGAUACCAUCUAAUUUUGUUAUCGGACUGAUAACAAUAACAUUAAAAACAGUAUUUAUUGGCCGAUAUCGAUAUAUAGUCACCGAUAUAUCAUCCAUCUCUAACUAUUUGCUUGUUUUUUGAAAACAAAUCAACCCUUUGCGCUUAUUCUGCCGAUAUCACUAUAUAGCCAACAAUAUAUCGUCAAUCUCUACAAAAUCUGCCAUGCUUACGUCAUCCUUCUCUCCCAUAAUGCCACAUAGUGCCAUCUAGCUAAUAAAGUUGUCUGUUUGGGUCUUCGAGCACCAUUUUGUUUGGAAAGCAACUUCCGCUGUAGAGUUUCCCAACCGUCCACUCGACCUUCUGCACCCGCUGAAAAUUUUGAUCUUUAACUCCCAAAGCCACCUGUUUUACAGGAGCCAAAUCUUUCGAGAAAUCCCAGUCUUGAAGGGCGAAUUUUUGUGCGUGUUUUCAUUGCUGUGGAUUUCCUGCUUGACAAGAAGUCGAUAGCAUGUGACAGGCUCUUUUAGGGUCUCAUGGGGGCACUGUAGGGCAGAGGUCGACUGACGCCGCCGUGGAGGAAAAAGGAGGACGCGGGUUGCUUUUUAGGAGCUCCUCCUGUCAUUUCCUUUCCUUCAUGUUUCUGAGGUCACGGAUGAGGUGCUUUUGAGGAACUUUGGAGUAAGGAGCGAUGAAAGAUCACAGCGCAGGAUACAUCAGAAAAGUUUGUCCCUUCACUCCCUACAGACUUCUCAUUUGCCAUAUCGCAUCUGUCAUAUGGAAAAAGCAUUGAUUUGGUGGAGGGAAUUCCAUUACAAAGACAACACAAUCCCCGCUGAGCAGGACACGGAUGGCAAUUCAGCGUUAUAUAUUUACCAAAAAAAAAUUGAACAGCAGAAAGGAUAGUUUUCUAAGCCUGAAUGUGUUUCUGUGUACUGUGUGUUGAUUUUUAAGUUGUUCCGUGGGUUUGUUUAUCGAAUGGUUUUUGCAUCCCAAAAGUUUUUUUUUUUUUUUUUGUAAAAGUGCACAUGCUGUGUUUGCAAGGAAACCAAAGUGGAUUUUUUUGUGUGUGUGUAAAUAAUAUAGAUAUCUAUAUAUGAGAGAUAACUAUGUAGAAUGUAACGUCCAUUCAUUGGAAAGAAUUAAAGGCACUUUCGUUUAUACUAGAUUUUUAAACUAUUUAUUUGAGACAAACCUUACCUUUUUUUGUAAAUAAUCUUAUUGUAAAAAAAAAGAAAAAUAUAAAAACAAAGAAUAUAUGUGGUCAGAUGUUGAUGAAAUUGUAAUGUGUGUGAUAUGUUUGUGUGUCAUUUAAAAAAAAACCUGUUGCCUGUGAUGUCAUACUGCUCACUGUGACUGCCUGAAACACAGUUGGCAGAAUUGUGACAGUUUCAACUAAGUGAUAGACUAUGAAUAACUCGAAUCAUUUAUGUCUAUUGCUUUUGAAGAUGUUUUGUUUAAUUUUUUUUAUAUUAUUGCUUGCUUUCAUCAAUAAAAAUCAAUUCUUAAAGCAUGUAAA